AUGUAUCAAUUUCACAAGCUUCUAAGAAACACAUCAAAAAGUACGAACACUACUGAAAUAAGCAGGAAACACCGUACCUGUGUUGCUUCUCAAGAAGGGGGUCAAGGAUCCUCGCUGAUUAAGGAUCUCAAAGACGAUGUGGACAUCGCCAUGCACACGGUAGCCGCUGUUACAAAUAUCACCCUGGGAUUGAAAAUCUGGGACGACAACGAAAAUCUUAUCACCAUGGACUUGGAGUUAAAUGACCCCGAAUCAGUGGAACGAACAAAGGAAGACUUGGAAAACCGAGUGUUCUUCUACCUGUACACCAGGGAAAACCCAAAGGACUUUGAACAAUUGAAAGUCGACGACAUCGACAUGUUGAAGAGGAGCAAGUUUGACGCGAGCAAACCAACGAAAUUCAUCACCCACGGAUGGAUCAACUCUUACAUGAGCAAAGCUUGCGUCGCCAUUCGUGAUGCUUUCCUCCAACACGGGGACUACAAUGUCAUCGUUGUUGACUGGUCAAGAAUAUCCAGCAAGCCAUAUCUUUGGGCAGCCAGAAGAGUCGUAAUGAUCGGACAAUUAGUCGCCCGCAUGAUCGAUUUCCUCGUGUCGCAAGGACUGGAGCCAUCCAAGGUGACCGCCGUCGGCCACUCUCUUGGAGCCCACGUCGUUGGAUUGUCAGGCUACUACUCGAAGAACAAGAUAGAAUACAUUGUUGGCUUGGACCCAGCUCUCCCUCUCUUCCUCCUCAGCGGCGCUGGCGCCAGGAUCACCAGCGACGACGCCAGAUACGUGGAGAUCAUCCACACGAACGGCGGCGAGCUCGGUUUCGUCGCCGCAAUAGGUGACUCCGACUUCUACCCUAACGGUGGUAGCAUUCAAACAGGUUGCCCGUUAGAUGUCGUUGGCGCGUGCUCUCACUUACACGCGGUUGAGUACUUCGCCGAGUCCAUCAACAGUAAGACUGGUUUCUGGGCUGUGAGCUGCACCAACUUCAAAGACUUCGUGCUGGGUAAAUGCAACUCCCAGCCUAAAGCUCUCAUGGGUGGAGUCGAACCGAAAUUCGACGUCAUGGGCAUCUACUACCUGCGUACGCACAAGACAGGCCCAUUCGCUAUGGGAUUAUAAGUCCUUUUAUCGCGACCUUACGUCCUUCCCUAAUUUCAGAGUGCGGUAAGCCACGUGUCACGUACUGCAGUAAGAAAGAUUCUGUUACGUGUGAUACCAUGUAUCUAAGGACACAGAAACUCGAACGGAGUUUCAGCUGAUGAUGAUACCCUAAAUUUGUUUUUUAAUUGGCAGGGUGUAAAUAGUUGAUAGUAAUUACUAGUUGGGCACAGUCAGUUCGACAUACGAAUGAAUUAUUCCUUUGCGGUACGUUUGUGGUUUUGUACAAACUUGCGUAUGCUACAUUUCUGUUACUCUUGAUAGGAGAGAAUUUAUUGUAAAUUUUGUAAAAUAUCGAAUUGUCUUAUCAGGAUAGACUCGCGACGAAUAUACUGUACAUUGUGAAGCAUUAAAAGUAUAGAAACUUUUGAGUUUGGUUA